AUGGCUUUGGCCAUUACACUAUCAUCAGCUACAUCUUCUAAAAUGGAAGAACCAACCUCUUCUCAUCAAGGAACAAGCAACUUCUUCCUUUCACGAAAACAAAACAGAGUAUCUCUCACAUGUGACAAAUAUCCCAAAGUUUGUCUUAUCAAUGGUAGCGCCGGCCCUGAUUGUUGCAACAACAAAUGUGUCAAUUUUACCAGAGACAUGUUUAAUUGUGGGAAGUGUGGAAAGAAAUGUAGUUUUCCAAAGAUAUGUUGUGAAGGUAAAUGUGUGAAUCCAAGGAGUAACAAGAAACAUUGUGGGAAAUGUGGUAACAAGUGUGAGAGUAGAGGUUCUUGUGUUGAUUCAAAAUCUAUCUCUGACCAACGAAAAUACCACCAAAUACAUACAUCGAUUCAACAAAAAUUCACGGUAAAGGUGAAAGAGAUUAAUUCAGACAAAGCUACAUGGAAUUUUAAGGCAAAAGUUAUCAGGCUUUGGGAAUUUAAUUUAGUUCCUAUUUCUGAUGUUGUCAGCGGAGGUUAUGACACUGAUUUUUUAGUGGAUGUUAUUGGUGUUUUGACUGGUGUGGGUUCUGAGCGUGAGAUAACCAAUCAAAAUGGAAGCAGCACAAAGCUUAAUGUUGUGGCCUUGGAGGCAGAUGGGCAUAAACUACAGUGCACUUUGUUUGGACCUUAUGUUGAUGAACUUAAUAAUUUUCUUGCUUCUGGGGAUCACACCAAUGCUGUUAUGAUUGUACAACUUGCAAAGGCAAAGACUUUUCAAGACAAGAUUCAUAUACAAAAUUGCAUGAAUUGCACCCGGCUGUUCUUUAACCCAAAUUGUCAGGAAAGUAUAAUCUUGAAGGAAAGCUUGCCUGAAAGUCUAGAGAGUCCUUCUCCGAUGACGCUUACCCAAAUCACUGCUGAGCCGGGAGUUAGCCCACUCGAUGAGUUCCUAUUCAACUCACCAAGAAUCACUUUGCAAGCCAUGAAAGAUGCUACAAAUGAAUCCGUGAAUGUUGUCUGUGCAACUGUCAAAAGGAUCUUGAACCCUGAAUGCUUCUGGUACACUGCUUGUGUUUGUAACAAAUCUGUUAUUCCAGAUUCAAACAUGUUUUUUUGCGACAAAUGCAAUAAGCAUGUGUUGAAGGUGAUACCUAGGUAUUGCAUGAAGGUUAGGGUUAUUGAUCAGACGGAUUCUGCCACAUUUGUGAUAUUUGACAAAGAUGCAAGCUCUUUGUUCCAAAUGAGCUGUGCUGAUAUGUUAGAUGACAUCCAAAGGGUUGCUGGUGUUGGAGGGGUGCCAUCUCAAUUAACUAGCCUGAUUGAUAAGACUUGGUUGUUUAAAGUGGAGACUAAACCUUCAAAUAAUCCCAGAUUUGAACAGACAUUUAAAGUCAGAAAGAUCUGCACCGAUGCUAACAUAAUCAAGCAAUUUAAAGACAAGUGGGAUCAUGAGGAAGCUUCAAUUAGCAAGCUAAACAAUGAGGUUGGUUCCUUGAGUACUUUGAUUGGCAAAGGGAAGGAUGUAUUAGUUUGUGGUUCUACUAAUAUCUUAUCUGAGGAUUCACUGUCAUUGAAUGAAAGUAACUCCAAGGACCAAGGAAAGUCAAUUAUUUGUGAUAAUACUCCUAUUGCAUGUACCCAAGAUUUAAUGUGUAAAUUUUCUUCUACUGUUGUGGACCUUGACGAUCCUUCUCUUGACUCUUUUAUUUGCAACAAAGAUGGUGGUGAUAUAAAGAAAAGUGAUAUGUCUUCAAAGCUUUCAAUUGCUGCAAGUAGUCUAGAGGGAGGAGGAAAGGACAUAGUUGUUGAGGCGGUUGAUCUUCAAAAAUCCGUUGGAACAACGACCAAAGAAGAAGCUGUUGGAAAAACUUAUAGUGGAGUUGUUCAUAAAGAUGAAUUUGUGGCCAACAAAAACAUCAAGGAAGAGAAAACAUUGGCUGGAUGUGGAGAAAUGGCAAAAGGCAUGGUCAUUGAGGGUAGUUCUGUUGGAAAAAUUCAACAAAUUAAGGGAAUGACAAGAUCUGAUGUUGUCAAUCUUGAUGAAGAUAUUCAUGAGUCUGGUUCUAGCAUGGUAAUAGCUCUUAAUCAAAUUGGUUCAACUGACAUUAAAGCAAUCAAGGGAAAAAAAAUAAGCAAGAGAAUUUCUCCUGAAAAGCAAGAUGAAGAUGACAAUGCACCUAUCAAGCUUUUGAAAAGAGCAAUCAAAAUUGAAAAGAUUACUUAGGAUUUAAGUGUGUGAGAUGGUGUUAGGUGGUUUUGUAUUUGUUGAACUUGAUUAUGUAAUUUUGUUGGCCCAGGGUAGUUGGUCUAUUUUGAGGUUAAUUUUUUUGUUUUAAGAUAAUCAGUACUAUCAAAUGCCUAUUUAGUAAAAAGGGUUUUAGUUAAAUUUCUAUGUUGUUUUGUACUCUUUGGCCCAGUGGCAGUGGGCAAUUAAUUAGGUAUAUAAUUAAUUAUGAUUUCGUGUUA